AUGACUGAUAAUCAAAUUUUUUUAGAAUUUGAAAAUUAUGAUUUUGAAAAUGAUGUUACUUUUCAGUCAGGUUUACCUUCAAUUCUUAAUUCAUAUCAAGGCAAGCCAAAAGAAGAAAUAAAUAUUCUCAAAGAAAAGGCUAAAUGGUUUUAUUAUUCAAAAGUAAUUCAAGAAUUUGAUUACAAUGAUUAUUUAGUGUGGAAAACGAAUUUAAACAAAUCAGCAUCAUCCCAUCUUGAAGGUAAUCAAAGUAAUAUUAAGUCAUCGUCUGUUGUGUUGUCAACCGAUUCCCAAGAGAUUUCAACAAAAGAUGAACGACCUGAGCAAGCUACAACGGAUAAUCCGCAAUAUCCUCAAUCAUUCCAACAAGUAGUUGAAAUGUUAGCUACGGGACAACAGAUACCAGGAAUCAAGCAAAUUCCCAAUGAGCUAAACAAGGGAACCCCAUCGAAUCCCACUUUUAAACCACGCCCAAAACCAUGGGAGAAAAAGCAUAUGAAUAAUGAGUCUAAAUAA